GUGAAAAAGGUUUCCAGCAUUUUCCCUUCAUCGCCGAUAGAGAAAUCGCCAUCUUCUUCUUCGUUCAGCAGCAGCAACGGUCAGGAGUUAUGGGAUUCCUAAAGGGGUUUUCUCUUGAGCUCCUCAAGCUGAUUACCCUGAUCUGCGUCCUCCGCGUCACUGGGAAUUCUCCUGAUGGGGUUCCUUUCGCUCUCCUUGCUGUUAGUCUUCAGAAGGCCGACCGCGAUCGUGAGCAGCACCCACCGGCGGCGAAAGGAACCGUGGAAUCAGAGCUCUCGAAGAAAUUGAUCAACUAGUAUGCGCGGUAUUUAGAACAAUUGUUGUACGCGUCGAGGGUACUGGGAUUCUUCCUCUGCUCAACUACCAGCACGACGGAUAAAGACAGAGCGAAAGAGAAAGUGUCGGCGAUGGUGACCUCCGAUUUGGUGAAGGAGAUGGACUCGCUGGUUGGGCUAAUGGAGGAAACCGGAAUCCCUGCAUCUGAAGAAAAUUCGCUAAUUGGCGAGAACUUGAAUUUCGUAGGGGCAGAUUUCCUGUCGGCGGUUAACGAUGUAUCGGUCCGAGUCAACGAGUUCAAGCACAGGGGUCCCGAGAUGCGGCCCACCAUGGAUGAAGUGGUGAGGUUGAUUGAGGAAACUGGUCGACCUAACGCCGCAGCGGAGAGGAAGAGUGAAAGCAAAAACACCAACGUCUACGAGCACCAUGAAUGA